GAUUUAUUUAUUUCUUCACAUCUAUUUCAAAGUUUCCAAAGCCCAAAUCACAUCCUCAGAAUUUAAUAGUUGUUUGGGUUUUUCCGAUGUUUGUUCGACCAUAAACUAAUAUUCAUUACAUACUCGGGCGUUACUUCGGAAAAGACAAGAAAAAGUUUUGAGGUGUGAUGGCGGUUGAAGUUACUCCGUUUUGGGGAAGUCGUUAUGUUUCCUUCUGAUGGUUUAUAUACGCCUCCUAUGAUGCCGUGACCCACACACAAUGAGCUGGAUUAACCCAUUCAACAAAUUGAUUGCUCCAAACAAAGCAAGACAAACAGGAAAACAAGCUGAUAAUGACUUUGAAAAAGAAUGUGCAAGGUUCUAUCAAUUUUUUUUUCAGGUUUGAAUCAGCCACUAAAAAGGUUUAUAAAGGCAUGAAGCGCUACGGAGAAGCUAUGUUAGCUCUAAAUAAGGCUGAACAAAGGAUUUUCCAAGACCUUGCAUCAGGCCCUCUCGCCCAAACUGAUCUAUUGCAGGAGCCUGUUGAUGAGUUUAGUAAAGUCACUGCAAAGCUUGAUGAAUUAAGACAAGAGCUGGUCUCAAGAAACCAAAAGAUAUUUCUUGACCCUAUGAAAAGACUAAGAAGUGUCUUUCCUAGUGUAAAUGAUGCUAUCAGAGCAAGAGAGCAGAGUUUCAUGGAAUAUGCUAAACACCAAGCAAAAGUAGAAAAAUUAGCAGAAAAAGAGAGAACACCUCAAAACCUGGCCAAACUAGAGCAGGCUGAAAAAGAUCUUGCCAAAGCUAAAGCAGACUAUGAGCGUCAGAAUGCAGUCAUGCUAGAGGAUUUACCUAUGCUGACAAAUGGGCGAGUAGACUACUUUGAACCAUGUUUUGAGGCACUUAUUCUCUCAGAGGCAAGCUAUUAUAGCCAGUCUGCCCAGGCACUAACAAACCUGACGAAUCUGCUGAGCAGGUCAUCGGAGCAACUUAACAUUGAAGAACAGCAAGCCCAACUUGAAAGAAAACUGGCUGAUCUUAAAGCUCUCUCAAUAACAGAAGAUGUUUAAUUUUGGGCACAGCAGCUGGAGGAAUGGAUAGUAACUAUUAAAUCUUGCCGAAUGGAGAGGAUAUGGUGAAAAUAAAAGACAUUCCAAUUACUUCAAAGAAUUUACUGUAUGAUUGCAGUUUUGAAUAUUUUGCACAUAAUUGGGAAAAUGCAGUACCAAUUACAUAAAAGGUCUGUCAAUACAAUCAGUUUAGAUAGAGCUUAAACAUCUAUUUUACGUUUGUUGCUAAGUUUGUAGAAUGCUCACAACUGUAGUAAUGUGGUAGUGUAAUUGACUAAUAAUUGACUCCAGGGAUUUUAAGCAAGAGGCUGAACAGCAAUGUUCUCAAGAUAUACAUGUACAAUGUUCGCAAAAAUAUUUAUUUUUAUAUAUAUUCAAACAAUGAAAAUUAAAUACUAAUAUAUUACACA